UGAGGCCCGGGGACCCGCCAUUUUGGACAAGCGGUUUCGCCACCGCCCCCUCCCGCCGCCGCCGCCGCCGUCGCUUUGGGUUGAGGUGUCGUCCCGAAUGUACUUGAUCCAGUCUGAGUUCUCUCUUCAGAUGGCCUAAUCAGAGCGGCUUUCAGUGCUCUCUCAUCUUGUAGUUCAAGAAGAAGGUGCCCUAAAAAGGAAGGGGAGUUCUAAAUUAGCUAAAUUGCAUAUGUUGCCUAAGGAGGAGAGAUUAUUUUUAGCAAUCUCAGGCAUUCGCCAUCAUGCUGGGCUCCGGCUUCAAAGCUGAGCGCUUACGGGUCAACCUGCGGCUGGUUAUCAAUCGCCUUAAACUGCUGGAGAAAAAGAAAACCGAACUGGCCCAGAAAGCAAGAAAAGAGAUUGCAGAUUACCUGGCUGCGGGGAAGGACGAGCGGGCCCGGAUCCGGGUGGAACACAUCAUCCGGGAAGAUUAUCUCGUGGAGGCCAUGGAGAUUCUGGAGCUCUAUUGUGACCUGCUCUUGGCUCGAUUCGGCCUCAUUCAGUCCAUGAAGGAACUAGACUCCGGUCUGGCUGAAUCUGUGUCCACUCUGAUCUGGGCGGCUCCUCGACUCCAGUCCGAAGUGGCCGAGUUAAAAAUAGUUGCAGAUCAGCUGUGUGCCAAGUACAGCAAAGAAUACGGCAAGCUUUGCAGAACUAAUCAGAUCGGAACGGUGAAUGACAGGCUGAUGCACAAGCUGAGUGUGGAAGCUCCACCCAAAAUCUUGGUGGAGAGAUACCUGAUUGAAAUUGCCAAGAACUACAAUGUGCCAUAUGAGCCUGACUCUGUUGUCAUGGCGGAAGCUCCUGUUGGAGUUGAGGCGGAUCUUAUUGAUGUUGGAUUCACCGACGACGUGAAGAAAGGUGGCCAUGGGAGAGGAGGAGGAGGAGGUGGUGGGUUUACAGCACCGGUUGGUCCCGAUGGAACGGUGCCUAUGCCUAUGCCUAUGCCGUCGCCAAAUUCUCCCUUCUCAUAUCCACCUCCAAAGGGACCGUCGGAUUUCAAUGGAUUGCCAUUUGGGACUUAUCAGCCUUUUCCCAAUAUUCAUCCACCUCAGAUACCUGCAACUCCCCCAACGUAUGAAUCUGUCGAUGACCAUAAUCCUGAUAAGAAUAUCUCUUCCUCACAGAUUGUUGGUCCUGGGCCUAAACCCGAAGCCUCGGCCAAGCCGACCCCAAGGCCCGUGGACAACUAUGACAACUUCGUGUUACCCGAAUUGCCAUCCGUUCCGGACACGUUACCGACGACUUCUGUCGGCACCCACACCUCUGCCUCUGAAGACAUUGACUUUGAUGAUCUCUCCCGAAGAUUUGAAGAGCUGAAAAAGAAAACAUAAGACUCUCUGACUGUGUACCUCCAGGGGCCGGGAUUUGGGAUUGAGCAGCUUUUCACCUGUAAUGAAGAUUCCCGUAGAAUUCCCGUUUCCUGUAUUAACCUUCACUGAAUUUUCUUUCUCUUGAGCUCUCUUCCUGCUCCCCUUGUACCGAAUUCUGCUGCUUUCCUUCUCUCCGCCGCUCAGGAGAGAGACACUGAUGGAGGCCCUAUAAGAAACACUGUCAGGUAUGGGAAGCGCCUUGAAAUGAGCUCUGUCUGUCUUCUGUGAGUGUGAUUGCAAGUCGUAUCCAGUGUCGACUUCAACAGCGACUCCACCGGGGUAAGGAAAGGGGAAAGCUCCCUAAGGGGAGUCAGAAUGACCGCACACUGGGGAGAGUGCCUCAUAAAGCUGCUUACCCCUGUGUUCUGGGCCCCAACCCCCCAAUCUGUAUAUCAAGGAACAUUGUGAAGUAUGACACACAAGGACACGGUGGAUGCUUGCUCCCUCAGACUGGGGGUGGAGAAGAGCGGGAGAAUGAUAGAGCAAGCUGCGGAAACAAAUAGUUCUUGAAAGCUGGGUGAUUUCAUUGCGUGUACACUCCUGGCUGCAGGAUGCUAUUGCAUCUGGAUCCAGUGGCAAAGUGCGAGUGGAACGUGUGGCCUCUUCUAGGUCUGCUGGAUUCUCAGGGAGCCCUCUGUGGCCUUUUACAGCUUCAUUUUGAGUGAUUUCCUCUCACAGGAGGCCAGCACUGGACGUUCUCCCCUCUGGCCCACAGCACGUUCAGUCCAUUGCUCUUUGAAGCGUUUCCCUCUGAAGUGCAACACUAGCCGAACAACUACAGCCCCAGGACAGCUCAAGGCUGGGGUGGGAUCCCAGCCUGCCUUCGAAUUCACACUGCUGUCUACUGGUAGGCCGAAUGAGAGCCUUUUUUUGAAUUACCUAAGAUAUCAGUCUUGAUCAUUUUUCCAAAACGCACCCGCCAGUGUAGUUCUUUCUCUGGUCGACCCGGACGGACAGACGGAUAGGUCCUUGGCCACUCCUACCCUCCCCAGGUGGGAAGGCUUCUCUUUCAGCAGAAGGCCGUACCCCUCUUCGGUGUAACAUACCUGUACAUAAUUUCAGGCAGCUCUUCUGUAGCUCUUCGGUUAGUUUGUAUCAUCGGGUAGUGAUUAUUAAUAAAAGAAAAGACUCAGUGCCCUUUUCUCCCAGCUGUUUGGUUAUGACGUGGCAGAAUGAGUGCCAGGGUGGAGUUGGGAAUUCUCAGCAUCGGUUGUCUGAGGCAGAGGGGUAGGCCGCAACACCAGCCAUUCCAGUAGAAUGCGGGGCAGGGUUGGACGGAAAGGUUGGACGCAUGUCUUGGGCAUUCAACGUGAUGAGUACUGAAUUGUGAGUUUUCUUUAACCUGGGGUCUGCAGGAAUGCCAUCUCCAUGUUGUUGGAGAAGUGAUUGUACUUAGGUUUCAGCUUAACCAGCAUCUUGGAGUAGCUUUUUGGUUCUGAUUAAAGAUUAGCAUUGAUUCAUUGAAAAGCGACUUUGGAACAGGGUGGUAGUGUGUCACUUGACCGUGCAAGUAGUUGGCUCUUGGCCUCUGGCCAGUGGGUGUUAUUCUUAUGGUCGCUCUUGAAUCAGUCAUAUGUAUUGAGUGCUUAUUCAUUCAAUCGUAUUUAUUGAGGGUUUACUGCCUGCGGAGCACUUUUACUAAGCGCUUGGGAAGUACAGUUCACACUAUUGGGGGCAGAGCAUCGCACUAAGGCUUGAGAGAGAAUCCAAAUAUAGCUCUGUUCCCCUUUUUCUUCACUUUCCAUCACCCUCUCUCUGUAUAUUUAUCCAGUACCUUUGGUCAUGUGGGCCUUUGCACUGAAUCCUUCCAAUGCCAGAUCUUCCUACUAACACCAAGUUCCCCUGCGAAUCAGUAAAUCAUGCUGCAGUGUUGAGGGGGUUCUUUAUUGAAAUUUACGGAUUAGUUAGUACAUAGGUGCUUCUAACAUUCACCCACCUACCUCUGCCCCCAAACAGGACAGUAAAUAAGUACAUUAAAGUCAAAGAAAGAGGACAGGUUCAUGCUUUCUCCUGAGCAGAUUCAUCCUCAUUGAAAACUUUUGUCUCAUUUCUCGCUGGCGUCUGGAUCUUCAGCUGCCUCCGGAUUCCCAACAAACUGGAGAGCUUUUGCAGCAGCACCUCCAUCAGCCCUGCUUCCUUUAGUGCCUAGAUGUGGUGGGAAGGGAGAAUUUUAAAAUUGUUUCUAGUGUCAAAGCAGGAAGAACGAAUGCACGGUCUUUUUGUCUGAGUUGGGAUGUUUGUCUUGAAUCCUGACUUGUUCAGUAACUGAGGACCAACUGUGUGUAGAAACCAGUACAGAACGCUGACUUUAGCGUGUUCUCUGUUACUAUUACAAAUGGUGUCUAAAAUCAAUAAAUCACUUCUUAAUACUUUAA